CGAAAGACAACGAGCACCAAACAUGAUAUGAAUGCCAGCGGAUCCAAUGCCGGCAACAAGAUAUAUCCAAGACAAUAUUUUGAAUUGUCCAAAACUUGGAACACUUGGAACAAGCUCACCAUUGCUGAUGUCUACUCACUCCGCACUGAGCCUGGAUUUGGUGGUCAGCAUGUUUGGUUCUGGCUUAACCAUCCAAUCCAAUAUGUGCGUCUCAUUGGGAUGAUUGUGCAGAUCAGCGUGGUAGCGAAUGGCAAAUUUGUCCUUCUUGCACUGGACGAUGGGAGUGGCGAGAACAUCGAAGUGAAAAUCGAAAGACGCCAAAUCAAGCCCGUACAUGGCAGCAACGACCAUCAUGUCAAUAACUUAGGCGGUGUAUCACAAAUAGGCGCCACCACUUCAGUAACCUAUUCCUCGGUGACAUUGGUGGAUAACCUCAUCAUCCAAUCUGGCAAUUCUUCAGAGACCAUUACGAUAGGCGACAAGCUUGCGAGCAUUGGAACUAUCAUUCAAGCCGGAGGAACCGUCAUCACAUUCAUGGAUUCCCGACAAUUGAUGCUCGAGAUGGUUUGCUUGGUAAAGGAUACGAACGAAGAAGCUUCAUAUUGGUCAAAGUUGGCCGCAUGGAAACGUACUGUUCUGGCAAAACCUUGGAUAUUGACCGAUAGGCAGCGCGAAGACCAUGAUGCAAAGCUUCAGCAGGAUUCACUGAAAGCUGAAGACAAGUCCCGCAAACGGAGGGAGCAUGAACGAAAGGCGGAGAAGCAACGAAAAAGAUUGGAAUCUGAAAUGAACCGGGGCGCUCUGCCAGGUAGCGAUCACCUACGCAGGCCGUGGGAGGACUACUUUAUUCAUCAAAGAUCUUGACAACACCAAGCAAUUUACAGUACAGCUUUCCAGAUACAUCUCUGUCAUUGUCUGUAAGUCUGAUUGACCGAGAGAUGCUUACAUGGAACGAAGUAAUAUGCAAUAUCAUACUGUUAUAACCAUAUGUCGAGCCACACGCCGGUCGAAUGAAAUUUUGGU